GGACUUACCAACAUGAAGAACAUGGAGCGGGAGCUGGUCUGCCCGGUGUGCAAGGAGAUGUACAAGCAGCCGCUGGCCCUGCCCUGCGCGCACAACGUCUGCCACGUCUGCGCCAGCGAGGUGCUGCUGCAGCACGGCUACCUCUGCUGCGAUCCCACCUCCGAGCCCUCCUCGCCCCGGACCGUCAGCUUCCCCUGCCCGGCUUGCCGGCGGGAUGUGGACUUGGGCGAACGGGGUUUGGGCAGCCUUUUCCGCAACCUGACGCUGGAGCGGGUGGUGGAGCGUUAUCGCCAGACCAUCAACAUCAGCGCCGCCAUCAUGUGCCAGUUCUGCAAACCCCCGCAGCUGGAGGCCACCAAGGGCUGCACCGAGUGCAAGUCCAGCUUCUGCAACGAGUGCUUCAAGCUCUACCACCCCUGGGGCACCCAGAAAGCCCAACACGAGCCCACCCCCCCCACCCUCACCUUCUGCCCAAAGGGGCUGAUGUGUCCGGAGCACAAGGAGGAGGUGACUCACUACUGCAAGACCUGCCAGCGGUUGGUGUGUCAGCUCUGCCGCGUGCGACGUACUCACACCAGCCACAAAAUCACCCCGGUGCUCAGCGCCUACCAGGCCCUCAGGGUAAGGCGGCCGAAGAGCCUCGCCUACACCCUGAGCAGCCAAGACACGGUGCAGACCCAGAUUGCCGAGCUGGAGGAGACGGUGAAGCACACGGAGUUGAACGGCUCGCAGGCCAAGGAGGAGGUGUCGCAGCUGAUCCAGGGGUUGUGCGCCAUGCUGGAGGAGAAGCGGGCGACCCUGCUGCAGGCGAUCGAGGAGUGCCAGCAGGAACGGCUGACCAGCCUGCACUGCCAGAUCCAGGAACACCAGGCAAUGCUGGAAAAUUCGGGCAUGGUGGGCUACGCUCAGGAGGUGCUGAAGGAGACCGACCACCCCUGCUUCGUCCAGGCUGCCAAGCAGCUUCACAACAGUGGCACCAGCGCCCUCGUGGAAUACCUGGACACCGAUAGCGUCUACGUGCUCCGGGUGAAGGGCUGCAACAAGGCGGGUUUCGGGGAGUACAGCGAGGACAUCUACCUGCACACGCCGCCUGCCCCAGUCCUCAACUUCUUCCUGGAUAACCGCUGGGGCUUCAACCGGGCCCGGCUGGCCAUCAGCAAGGACCAGCGAGCCGUACGCAGCGUCCCCGGCAUCCCCAUGCUCUUCGCCGCCGAGCGCCUGAUGACCAGUUGCCACCUCUCCAUCGACCUGGUCAUCGGCGACGUGGCCAUCACGCAGGGCAAGAGCUACUGGGCUUGCUGCGUGGACCCCAGCUCCUACCUGGUCAAGGUGGGCGUAGGGCUGGAGAGCAAACUGCAGGAGUGGUUCCAGGUGCCGCAGGACGUGGUGAGCCCCAGGUACGACCCCGACAGAGGCCACGACAGCGGACCCGUGCCCUUGCCCCCGCGCAUCGGCAUCUGCCUGGACUACGAGCAGGGCAAGGUGAGCUUCUACGACGCCGUCUCCUUCCGUGAGCUCUGGGAGUGCGGCGUGGACUGCUCGGGACCCGUCUGCCCUGCCUUCUGCUUCAUCGGAGGAGGUGCCCUGCAUCUCCAGGAGCUGGUGGCCAACAAGCAGGAGCGUAAAGUGACCAUCGGGGGCUUCGCCAAGCUGGAUUGA